AGUUGAAAUGCGAUAACAAAAUAACAUAAAUAAUUUAGUGCGAAUGCUCUUUUUUAUUUAAUAAUUUGUUUUAAGUUUUCGUUUUAAAUGAUUCUUCUAUAUACUAAUACAUAAAAAGUUUUUUAUGUUUACUAUGGACGAAGCAACAAAAAAUGCAGAAGUUGUAAAAAAGCUGCAUAAAACUUUAAGAAGUAAAGUAAAGAAAGGUUAUCCACCUGAUGAGGUAUGGGCUAAUUUACUUAAAGAUUCUGAUGUGUUAAGUGAAUACUCGAAGGCAAUGUCUAUUCUUGCAUUACAAUAUUGGCCCAAAGAUACUUCCCAAAGUAGAAUUAAAUGGGCUUAUAAUGUAUGCUUAGAAUACUUUUAUAAUGGUGGAGCAUACAAGUCUGCUCAAAAAUAUUUUAAACAGCAAAUGUACAGCAGUUUAGAAAAAAAUAUAGUUACUGAGUAUGAAAAACUUACAAUUGAAAGUGAAUUAAGAAUUUUUGAGCGUGAUUGGAAAUCAUUGAUCACAGAAAAAAUAGUUCUUCUUGAUGUUGGUAGCUGUUUUAAUGGUUUUAAAGAGUUCAAUGAGUUUUUAGUUUUUCCUAUUGAUAUUGCUCCUGCUACCCAAGAUGUUUACAAGCUUGAUUUUCUUAAUGUUGCUUUUAAAGAGGUUUCUCAGAGCUUUACAUCUGACCAAUUUACCUUAGUUACAUACAUUCGUGACAAUCUUACUGAUAGUUUGUUACUUAAAGCUGUGUUUGAUGUUGUUGUAUUUUCAUUGCUUUUAUGCUAUUUACCAUGCCCUGAACAAAGAUUAAAAUGUUGUAUCAAUGCACAUAUAUCUCUUCGUCUUUAUGGACUUCUUAUAAUAAUAACACCAGAUUCGUCUCACCAAAACCGCAAUGCAAAAAUGAUGGCAUCAUGGAAAAAUGCAUUGGAAGGUAUUGGUUUUGUUAGAUAUAAGUAUACAAAGUUAGAACAUUUUCACUGCAUGGCUUUCUUUAAAGCUAAUGAAACUAAUAUAUUAUUGUGGGAAAAAUAUAGCAGAUUUUUAUUUAUACCUCAAGAUUUUCAGGAAAUAAAAGAAGAAAAGGUUGACAUAAAUUGUUCUGAAGAAAAGUUUUCUUCAAAUUACAACAUUGAAGAAUUGAUUCAAGUAUGUAAUUUAUCAGAGUUAUAAAGAAUCUAUAUAAUGAUUCUAAUAAUAAAAAAAAAUGCUAUCAUUUUGGUUAUACUUGUACACUUGGGACCUUGUUUAUUUUAAAUAUAACUGGCUCAAAGUUAUCUGCCAUUAUUAUUUAUCAUUUUAUGGUCAUUAAUUUUUUUUUAUAAAGAAUUAGCAAAUAAAAUUUUUUUGUAAAAUAUUAAACAGUAAUCAAAGUAAUAUUUAUAGCAAGUAAUCAUUUUCCUUUCUUUUACUUUGAAU